AUGAGUUUUCGAAGACAACGUGCGUCGCGUGCUUGUGAGGUGCGCUGCGAUGCUGCCAGCUUGGGCGUGCCUUGCACCAACUGUGUAGCCUUUUCGAUCGAGUGCAAGAUCCCUACGCCGAAACGUAAAAAGAACCAGACAAAAACCAAGGAGGCUAGCGUGACCAACGAAAACGAAAACGAAACGCCGACCGAGAACCCGGAGCUCAGGCAGGAAACUCCCGUCCGAGAUGGUAAGGAUGCUUUUGGCUACCGAAACAAUCAAAUGGCCGUCGACGGGAUACCGGCUACAGCCCUCUCAGAGGUGGAGGCCGCUCAGGAGGCACACCUCAACUCUGCCUACGCCCAGUUCAUGAAGCCCAAAUUCGCACGUGCCCCCAUCAAGGAGGCGGGUCGGGUCGCCUAUCUCGGCGAGUCGUCGAAUUUGUCACUCUUGGUGCAGGAUCGCCAUGGGACGACAGAUGUGGUGCAUUACCCUCUCCCGCCCAAUAUGCGUGGGUCGCGGGCAAGAGUUGCGGAUCUGGACAACCUCGAAUUGGAUAUUCUUCACCAGCGUGGUGCGUUCCUGCUACCUCCCAAACCGCUGUGUGAUGAGCUCGUGGAGGACUAUUUCAAAUGGGUGGCGCCGGUAGUCCCCAUCGUCAAUCGCAGUCGCUUCAUGCGGCAUUAUCGCGACCCUAAGAACCCGCCUUCCUUGCUGCUUCUUCAGGCGAUACUUCUGGCCGGCUCCCGAGUCUGUACGAACCCGCAACUGAUGGAUGCCAAUGGCUCGACCACUCCGGCGGCCAUGACGUUCUACAAACGGGCCAAGGCGCUAUACGACGCGAAUUACGAGGACGACCGUGUCACCAUCGUUCAAGCCCUCGUUCUCCUGGGUUGGUACUGGGAGGGUCCCGAAGAUGUUACCAAGAAUGUCUUCUACUGGACUCGGGUGGCGAUCGUUGUUGCACAGGGCUCGGGAAUGCACCGAAGUGUGGAAUCAUCGCAACUUAGCAAGCCGGACAAGAGACUAUGGAAGCGAAUCUGGUGGACGCUUUUUACCCGAGAUCGCUCCGUGGCAGUGGCGCUGGGACGCCCUAUUGGGAUCAACACGGAUGACUCGGACGUGGGGAUGCUGACCGAGGAGGACUUCAUUGAAGACGAGAUUGAUAUUGCUGCCGAGUAUCCGCCCGACCCUGUCCAUGUGCAGUUCUUCCUCCAGUAUGUGAAGCUGUGCGAGAUUAUGGGGCUCGUCCUCUCGCAGCAGUACUCGGUCGCCUCGAAAUCCAGACGCAUGAACGCCAUGGAUUUAACCCAUUCCGACAUGGCCCUGGCCGAUUGGCUGCAGAACUGUCCCAAGGAAGUCUGCUGGCACCGGCAACGACAUCACUUCUUGGCUGCCCUCCUUCACGCAAAUUAUUACACCACACUUUGUCUAUUACAUCGAGCACACAUGCCCCCGGCGUCGUCCGCGCCUGGCAGCUAUCGCGUGGAGGAGAUGGCAUACCCGUCGCGGACUAUUGCUUUCCAAGCGGCCGGAAUGAUCACCUCGAUUGUCCAGAAUCUGCAGACCCACCGAGAAAUUCGAUACGCUCCAGCAUUUAUUUUGUUCUCCGCCCUGAUUAUGCACGUCUACCAAAUGCGAUCGUCGGUGCCCUCGGUUGUGGCAAACUGUCAGGAGAGGAUCAACAUCUGCAUGCAGGCGCUGAAGGACGUCUCGAAGGUGUGGCUCGUAGCCAAGAUGGUGAAUACACUGUUUGAAUCCAUUCUCGGGAACAAAGCCCUGGAGGAACGCCUCCAGAAGGCAGCCGGGAAGAGACAUCAGAAAGUAAAACCUGACGGGUCCCAAUCGCAAUCCUCAAGGAGGCACGAUCCACCCAAGCGUAAAUUCGAUGACAUGGACCUGGGACUACCCAACGGAGGACCCACGCCGCCGGUAUCGUACGAGCGAUCUCGUCCCCAAACCCCGGCGGUCACCCCGUCGCGGGAGAUGGGACCACCGGGUUUGAGCGUGCCCCAGGGCUCCCCGACGGCGGUGCGGGAAGGCAAUUCUCGCAGCAACACGCGGCCGACCACGCCGUUCAAUGGCCAGUUCUCGCUGCCUGCGACGCCACCGGACCUGUUCCUCGUCACGCGAACGUCGCCUAACCUGUCUCCCUCCCUGUGGGAGAACUUCCAGCCGGACCAGCUGUUCCCGGAUGGUACCGCCAUCUUCCCAGAAUUGGCGUCGCCGCAGGGCCCCAAUGCGGUCGAUCCACAGCUACAGAUGCAGUCGCAGCUUCCGCCGCAAGGGCUGGAGCAACGGCCGAUGAUGCCGCAACAGCACAUGGCGUCGCGCAGCAUGUCCAUGUCGCAGAGCAGUCCCGAACUGCUCUCGAACAUGGCCGCACCGGGCAUGACGAUGCAAGGACAACCGGCACAACCGGCACAACCGAUGUUCGGGCUGGACGGUCAGCAGUGGCCGAUGCAUGGGUUAGAGGCGCCGUUGGGCGGCGCACCGAUGGAUGCAACGAGCCAGGAUGACAAUUGGAGCAGCAGUUCUCGCAGUGGACCGACGGCGCCAACGACGUUGAACGUGGAAGAUUGGUUCCAAUUCUUCGGCAUCAACGGCAGCUUUGGCGAGAUGGCGACUUGA